AUAUUCCGAUCUUGGUGACCGAUGCAGGGUGAGUGAGAUUCUUGACUAGCUUUUUGGUUCAAACAUAAUUACUGCCGCAGUUGCCAGAUUAUAUAUAUUGCACUAAAUUGGAUAGGUGUGGUCUUGAUUGGAAUGCUGAGCGUCAUCAUCAUCGCUCGGUUGCACGCCAUGUAUCAGCAUUCCAGCAAGGUACUGAUAGCUCUCCUUAUUGCCGUUCUGACUGUUGCUGUUUUCAAUAUAGUGGUAAUCGCAAUAACAAUGAAGCAUUUUUCAGGGGAGGAGCUUGUUCUCUCCAGAACCUAUCGGUGCGCUGUUGAAUUGGAGGAAAAUGUGAUCUUUCUUGGUUCCAUAUCUUGGAUACUCGGCAUUGCAUGGGAGAUCCUCACACUGUGUCUUGCCGUCCGGAUUGCUGUAAAACACUUCCGUGAACUACAAAGAUAUUCAGCAGGACGGAUUAUAAAGGACUGUUUUACGGUAUUGUUGAAAACUCACGUGGGUUACUUUGCGAGCAUGCUUCCUGGUGCUUGCAUGAAGGUCGGUUACAUGUCGCCAAUUAUCUCAGCGGACAAAUAUUCCUCGAAAACUCAGAUUUAUCUUGGUUUUAUUCAAAUUUUCACGUCUGCCCAGAUGUUUGUGUUGGGACCACGCCUGAUCCUCAGUGUUCGAGAAUAUUAUACUGAGCUCAUAGCCGAUUCAGAUGCAGAUGCUAGCGUGAAUUCAAUAUCUUUCCGGGAGCGUGUGUAUGUAUCAACUAGUACUAGCGGUGGUGUGUAGCACGAGAGAUAUCUGAUACUUGUUUUACUCGUGGGGUAGAUGAUUUUAGAGCUGGCUCACUACAGAAACAAUUGCGUGCUGUGAUGUAGCACAUGAUACAAACACAAAGUGUGAUAAGUAGUUCUGGGUAUCACUGCGAGGGAAACAUCUCUUUGGGCAUUUAGUUCAUUCUUCAUCAAGAGCUGAGGGAGACAUAAGUGAGGGUCGUAGUAUGAGGCACACAGA